UUGUUGUGGUGUAGACUUUGACACCAGUUUCGCUUCGGUGUUGUUAUGCAGAGCUUCUUACCAGGGCUAUUAAGCUAUUGGCUACAAUUUAACAUCCUUCUAAAUUUAGGUUUAGCUUAAAAAGUAGCAAAUCUGUGACAGUGUAAGACAAAGGUCUUUUGCUGUAUUUAAGUGAUUUAAUGUUUAGUUGGGGUUUAAAAUUGAAAGGUUUUUCCACGAACCACAGCAGUCAAAAUGGAUCCCAGUCCAUUCAUUUUAGAUGGAGGUCUAGCAACAGAGCUUGAAGCAAGUGGAUUUCAGUUACAGGGAGAUCCACUGUGGAGUGCAAGAAUUUUGCAUGCAAACCCACAAGCCAUUAAGGACGUACAUUACAGAUAUCUUCAAAGCGGUUCUGAUGUUAUAACAACAGCCACAUAUCAGGCCAGCAUUGAGGGGUUUGUGAAAUAUCUUGAUCUCCGGCCUGAGGAGGCUCAGCAGAUGAUAAUGUCAGGGGUUCAGCUGGCAAAAGAGACCGUCCGAGAGUUCAUGUCUUCAACUGUGUCAGAAAACAGAAGAGAGCCUGUGGUUGCUGGUUCAGUGGGUCCAUAUGGGGCGUUUUUACAUGAUGGGUCAGAGUACACAGGAGCCUAUGAGGAGAAGAUGACAGUGGAGGAGUUGAAAGACUGGCAUCGUCCACAGAUCCAGUGCUUAGUAAAAGCCGGAGCUGAUCUUGUUGCCAUGGAGACCAUUCCAGGUCUCAAAGAGGCGGAGGCUUUGGUGGAAGUUCUCAGAGAAUUUCCAGAAGCUAAAGCCUGGCUUUCCUUUUCUUGUAAGGACAUUCAUAAUAUUUCAAGCGGGAGGAGAUUUUCUGAGGCGGUGCAGGUGGCAUGUAGGUCCUCACAGCUGGUGGCUGUAGGGGUGAACUGCUGUCCUGCUCCGUUAGUCAAACCGCUUCUAGAGUCAGCCAAGUCACACAAGAAAGCAGAUUUGGGCUGGGUGGUCUAUCCUAACAGUGGAGAAGAAUGGGACCCAAAGACAGGAUGGAAAACUAAAAAACAGACGUCAUUUGCCAAACUAAGUCUCGACUGGAAAGACCAAGGGGCUUUGUGGAUUGGUGGCUGCUGCCGUGUUGGUCCUGCUGAUAUAACUGAGCUGAAAGAACAACUACAUGUAUAGCCAUGACUCAUCAAACACCACGACAUCAUUUAGUUUAUUCUGGAAUAAUGCAGUGAUGUGUAAGAAGGUGUAUAAAUAUUUUGUUUUAUUUAUAAAUAAAAAUAAAACCAACACGCUAGAUUCA